AGUGCGCUGGGUGCUUUAAUGCUUAAAUCAGAAAAAGGGAGCAACAAAAGGUUGGAGCUUUUGGAUUGAUGGACAAUUAUGUAAAAGCAAGUGUUUAAAGUCGUUCCCUCCACUAAUAAUUUUUUUUUUUUUUGAGGGGUAGGGAUACUUCAAGAAGAGCCAUUCCUUAGAGGUGAAAUUGAGCUUGCUAUGUCACUAUUUUAAAAUCAGUUUUUAUAAAAUCAAGCAUUCAACUUGGUUCGACUUGGUCAUAUUUUCUUUUGACUUUGUCAGCAAAGUCGGUGCGAGCAGACCUGUUUGUGUAGAGCCUCCAAAAUUUUAGGGCCUCUACACUAUACAACUAAAUAGCACAUAAAUAUUGUGAGUUUAACAUAUAUGAUGAGUACAUGUAACAGAGGGACGGGUUAGCAUGCUAACCCCUUAAGGGGUUGGUUUUUUGACACCCUCUUUUAAUUGGUCAAUUUUUCAUUAAUUAUUGACAAGUAUUAAUGAAAGUAAACAUAAUAAAUGUUCUGUUAUUAAAUACAAAGUAAGCAUUAAAUAUACCACAUUAAUUACCACUUUACUGGUAUUUGUACCAGUACACUGAUACUCAGAUAUGACAUUGCUACCAGUGCACUGAUAUCGCUACCAGUGCAGUGGUAUAUCUACCAGUACAGUGGUACAACGUAUCAGUGCAGUGGUAUAUCUACCAGUACAGUGGUACACCGUAUCAGUGCAGUGGUAUAUUUUUUGGAGGUGGUCGGAGGGAGUCUGCCGAUGGGAUUUUCACCAGAGAAGUGUGGCGGUCGGAGGAAGUCUGGUGGUCGGAGACUGCUGAAAAGGGAAAAAUCAAAUAUAGUGAGAUAAUUCCUAAUGUGUAUUUAAUCUGUGUAUUUAAUUCCUAAUGUGUAUUUAAUAGUGAGAGAAUUCCUAAUUAAUAUGGUACAUUUAAUUCCUAAUGUGUAUUUAAUGUGUGUAUUAAAUUCUAUAGUUGUAUUUAAUAUACUAGGGGGUAUCAUUUUUCCAACCCCUAAGGGGGGUUAGCAUGCUAACCGACCCCUGUAACAGAUAAAUUUCAGAAUGUAUGAGUAAUUAUAGGAGAAAAAAGGCUUAUCCUAUUAUUUUUUUUGUUUUUGUUUUUUAUGAACAAAAUGAGAACCAUUCCAAUUCCGACAAAAGCCUCAAGUAGAGGCCCAACCUCUAGUUGGAGAAUAGAAGCAACCUAUUGCUAUUAUUAAUAUGUUGAGAAAUUAUAUAUUAUUAGCUACUGAAGUCUAAUUAAUGGUAACCGGCGGCAGCCCUCCGCCCCCUCUGUUCUUUUUUAUGCUUUCUCCCUUCCUUUGCCAACUCUUUAAUUUUAUUCCUGCCUUGUCUUUGCUUGGGUUUUGCUCGACUUAGUCGGUUUUCCUUUCCCCUUGGUGGGAUCUGUUCCUCCUCUUCAGUGGGUUGAGUUUUUUGUCCUCCGUUCUGUUGAUUCAGAGCUGGAGAGGUGUCCGAUCUAAGAUGCAAAAUGGUGGCCAGAUCUAUCACAGAUCUGGCUUGUUUUCUCCUCUUCUUUCCUUUGUGUACCUCCAUGUUUUCCCUUGCAGAUCUUGGGAUUUCGGAGAUGGAGCCCUUGGCGAGGACACGGUCUGGAGAGCUUUGAAAGCAGAAGAUUUCUUCCCUCUGGCUGCUUCACCGGUCGUCGGUCGUCCUGAUGGGUUCCCCGGUAUUUGGACGGUGGAAGCUGAUGGCGACUGGCUCGGGGCGGGUUGCAUGGGAGGCCCUCUUCCUCUCCCUGCCAGUUCGGGUUUGGUGGAUUCUCCUACCGUUUUGACGAGAGUUGGUGGUGGCUGGUGGGGGUCGACGCGGCUGUCGAUUUCAAGUGGUGGUGGAGAGUUGGCUGCGGCGGUGGAGGCGUCCAGAGGGAAGCGGACGGUCAACUAGGGUUGAUGGGGCUUUGACAAUGUUUGGGUUCUUGGACUGGGCCCUAUUGGGUAUCCAGUUCUUUUUUGGGCCUUUUUGUCUUGAUUCUGUUUACUCUUGUUUCCAUCUGUAUCUUUACCGGUUCGGCUUGGCCCGUUUUGUAAUCUUAAUGAACUCAUUUAAAAAAAAAAGAGUUCAAAGCGUUGCGCGUCUCGUGCCUAGAGAAUUUGCGAAUCCCUCCUGCUUAUACUAAAACUUUCCAAAUAUCUCUUUGAUGAAUGUGGAACGAGGUUGAGUUCAUUUGGAAAGGAGUAAGCUAGCCUAAGAGGAAAAUCAGGAAUGGAAAGCUUCCCGCACCCUUUUUCCGCUCAUUCUUUGGUCUUAAGAAUACUGGUUUUAUGAACGAGUAAUUAAAAAUCGAAUAAUGCGUAUGUUGCUUA